UGUACUGUCUUUGCACUUUUGAUUUGCUGACUGGCAACUUGACUUCCUCUUAGUGAAACAUCAACAAAUGUUAACUAGGUUCCUCCUUCCUACUCACAGCUGCAUCAUGCGACUGCAGCCCACACAGAUCACUUUAUAUAGACUAUUCAGACAGGUUUUUCUGUAGAAUCGUCCUGGCCACUGUAGAUAUGAGGUCUGGAGGAUUCGUUUCGGUAUCCAGACCGGUCAUAACGUUCAUCGUUCUCAUCUUAUCGCUCUAUUGUUUUCAUGUGUUUGCGCUCAAGUCGCAACUUUUGACGAGGCAUGGCGGGGUUACAGAUCUCAAUGCUCAGGACACCGUCAUCAACUAUGAAACAUACUAUUUUGACCAGAAGAUCGAUCACUUUGGUUUCCUGGAGGAUGGCACCUUUAAGCAGAGAUACCUGGUUAAUAAUGAACACUGGGAUCAGAAGGGAGGGCCUAUCUUGUUCUACACCGGCAAUGAAGGAGACAUUACCUGGUUCUGCAAUAACACUGGUUUCAUGUGGGACGUUGCAGAGGAUCUGGGAGCCAUGUUGGUUUUUGCAGAGCACCGUUACUACGGAGAAUCCCUGCCGUUUGGACAAGACUCUUACAGUCAGGACACCAAGCACCUGAAUUACCUGACGUCAGAGCAGGCGCUAGCUGACUUCUCUGUGCUGAUCAGAGAACUGAAGAGGAAGGUGCUUGGAGCUCAGGAAAGUCCUGUGAUCGCCAUCGGAGGGUCCUACGGAGGAAUGCUCUCUGCCUGGUUGAGAAUGAAAUACCCCAAUGUUGUUGUUGGAGCCCUGGCUGCCUCUGCUCCCAUAUGGCAGUUCCCUGACAUGGUUCCAUGUGGAGAUUUCUAUAAGAUCGUCACCCAGGACUUUGCCAGGAGUGGACUGAACUGUGACGUGAACAUCCGGAGGUCCUGGAAGGCCAUCGACAACAUCACGGCAACUGAUGACGGCCUCCAGUGGCUGUCCGGAGAGUUUAGCUUAUGUUCCCCACUCAAGAAGACGGACUUGGAUGGUUUUAAGGCCUGGCUCCAAGAGACCUGGGUGAAUCUGGCCAUGGUUGACUAUCCUUACGAAGCGAACUUCCUCCAACCGCUCCCACGCUGGCCAAUAAAGGUGGUGUGCAAACACCUUAGCUUUGACCCCAGCAGUGUGUCAGACUACCAGCUGUUAGGGGGCAUCUCUGAAGCUGCUAGAGUCUACUACAACUACACAGGAAACUGUCCUUGUCUCAACACUUCCUCUACGGCUACAGGGAACCUGGGCUCCAUCGGCUGGUACUACCAGGCGUGUACAGAGAUGGUGAUGCCACUCUGCACUGAUGGGGUGCAGGACAUGUUUGAGCGCCAGGACUGGAACUUCCAGGCCUUCUCAGAUGAGUGUAACUCCCUGUUCGGGGUGCGUCCUCGGGCUGACUGGGCAGCGACCGUCUACGGAGGACUGGACAUCGGGUCUCACAGCAACAUCAUCUUCAGUAACGGAGGACUGGACCCGUGGUCAAGUGGUGGGGUGACCCGAAACAUCUCGGACUCGGUGGUUGCCAUAGUGAUACCUGACGGAGCUCACCACCUGGACCUACGCUACAACAACGAGUAUGACCCUCACACCGUCCUCUCAGCCCGCAUCCAGGAGGUGGAAUACUUCAAACUGUGGAUCACACAUGCCAGGAAACUACAAAUACCAGGUUAAAUCAGUCUGAACUACAACUGCCAGGCUAAAUCACUCUGAACUACAACUACCGGGUGAAAUCACUCUGAACAACAACUGCCAGGUUAAAUCACUCUGAACAACAACUGCAAGGCUAAAUCACUCUGAACUACAACUACUAGGUUAAAUCACUCUGAACUACAACUCCCAUGCUAAGUCACUCUGAACUACAACUACUAGGUUAAAUCACUCUGAACUACAACUCCCAUGCUAAGUCACUCUGAACUACAACUCCCAGGUUAAAGCACUCUGAACAACAACUGCAAGGCUAAAUCACUCUGAACUACAACUACUAGGUUAAAUCACUCUGAACUACAACUCCCAUGCUAAGUCACUCUGAACUACAACUCCCAGGUUAAAGCACUCUGUUACUACAAUUACUAAAUCAAGCAGAACUAAAACUGCCAGACUAAAUCACUCUGAACUUAAACACCUAAGGUUGGCCUGAAAUGUCACCCUAUUCCCUAUAUAGUGCACUACUUUUAUCCAGGACCCCCUAGGACUCUGGUCAGAAGUAGGGCACUAGAUGCAGCCCCAGCCUCUCAGACUACCUGAAGCUGAAAGACCAUAGCAUAUAACAUGUGGCUUUGUUGCAAUGCCCUCUCUAGCAUACUACUAAGAAGGGAGCAAUGUAUUGAAUGUGUAUUCUAAGUGAUAUGCUAGUGUGGACAUUGAAACUAAGCCUUUGUUUGCAUCCCAAAAGUGACCCUAUUCCCUAUAUAGUGCACUACUUUUGACCAGAGCCCAUAUGGACCCUGUUUAAAAAGGAGUGCACUAUGCCAUAUAAUACCAACGUUCUCUACCACCAGAAUGUGCUGAUGUAUUUUCAGGGGAAUACUGUUUUUUCAGAUGUGUUGAGGUUAAGGAAGAUCUGCUUACACCGAUAAUCAGGUUUAGUUAAGUGACUAUUUCAAUGUUGAUUUGUUGAUUUCAAUGAUUGUUUACAAUGUUCUCUGUUUCGUGCCAAAGUCUCUCUUUAACAAGAGUGUCAGAAAAGGACUAGAAUAUCAAAUGUUAAAAACGGAAAUAAAUAUUUUCUUAAUUUGAAAAAAAUGAGACAUUUUCACAUAACACCAGAUUAGAUCAUUCAGUUACAGUAUUUAUGAAUUGUGUUUAAUUGAAGUUUGAUAGCGUACACAUACAUACUGUAUAUCAGAACAACAAUUGUGUUUAUUGGAUAAUUAAGUACAAAAACUAAUAUUUAUUUAACAACUCUCAGGAAAAACGUAUGUUUUUUUUUUUUUGUUAGUGUUUACAAUUCGUUGUAAUUGACCAUUUCUGUUAAACUAGAAUUAGCAUUAGUCAGGGAUUCUAAAGGUUUUUCCAAAACAACAUUCACUUCAUGAUAACAUUCACUUGUAGUUUACAGUUUUUAUACUACGGCCUGAGUUGUAUUUGGUCCAGAAAUUGACCCAUAUUUAACCACGGCAGCAGAAGGGCUGGACCCAGCAGUGUCUCUCAAUGUCGUGUUAACAUGUUUCAUUGACUUUAAUGGCUGUGGCUGUCCAGUAAUAUCCCUUUAAUGGCUGUGGCUGUCCAGUAAUAUCCCUUUAAUGGCUGUGGCUGUCCAGUAAUAUCCCUUUAAUAGCUGUGGCUGUUCAGUAAUAUCCCUUUAAUAGCUGUGGCUGUUCAGUAAUAUCCCUUUAAUAGCUGUGGCUGUCCAGUAAUAUCCCUUUAAUAGCUGUGGCUGUCCAGUAAUAUCCCUUUAAUGGCUGUGGCUGUCCAGUAAUAUCCCUUUAAUGGCUGUGGCUGUCCAGUAAUAUCCCUUUAAUAGCUGUGGCUGUUCAGUAAUAUCCCUUUAAUAGCUGUGGCUGUUCAGUAAUAUCCCUUUAAUGGCUGUGGCUGUCCAGUAAUAUCCCUUUAAUAGCUGUGGCUGUUAUUAAGUAAUAUCCCUUUAAUGGCUGUGGCUGUUAUUAAGUAAUAUCCCUUUAAUGGCUGUGGCUGUUAUUAAGUAAUAUCCCUUUAAUAGCUGUGGCUGUUAUUAAGUAAUAUCCCUUUAAUGGCUGUGGCUGUUAUUAAGUAAUAUCCCUUUAAUGGCUGUGGCUGUUAUUAAGUAAUAUCCCUUUAAUGGCUGUGGCUGUCCAGUAAUAUCCCUUUAAUAGCUGUGGCUGUUCAGUAAUAUCCCUUUAAUAGCUGUGGCUGUUCAGUAAUAUCCCUUUAAUAGCUGUGGCUGUUCAGUAAAUAUCCCUUUAAUGGCUGUGGCUGUCCAGUAAUAUCCCUUUAAUAGCUGUGGCUGUUAUUAAGUAAUAUCCCUUUAGUGGCUGUUAUUAAGUAAUAUCCCUUUAAUGGCUGUGGCUGUUAUUAAGUAAUAUCCCUUUAAUAGCUGUGGCUGUUAUUAAGUAAUAUCCCUUUAAUGGCUGUGGCUGUUAUUAAGUAAUAUCCCUUUAAUGGCUGUGGCUGUUAUUAAGUAAUAUCCCUUUAAUGGCUGUGGCUGUCCAGUAAUAUCCCUUUAAUAGCUGUGGCUGUUAUUAAGUAAUAUCCCUUUAAUGGCUGUGGCUGUUAUUAAGUAAUAUCCCUUUAAUAGCUGUGGCUGUUCAGUAAUAUCCCUUUAAUAGCUGUGGCUGUUCAGUAAUAUCCCUUUAAUGGCUGUGGCUGUUAUUAAGUAAUAUCCCUUUAAUGGCUGUGGCUGUUCAGUAAUAUCCCUUUAAUAGCUGUGGCUGUCCAGUAAUAUCCCUUUAAUGGCUGUGGCUGUUCAGUAAUAUCCCUUUAAUGGCUGUGGCUGUUAAGUAAUAUCCCUUUAAUAGCUGUGGCUGUUCAGUAAUAUCCCUUUAAUGGCUGUGGCUGUUAAGUAAUAUCCCUUUAAUAGCUGUGGCUGUCCAAUAAUAUCCCUUUAAUAGCUGUGGCUGUUCAGUAAUAUCCCUUUAAUGGCUGUGGCUGUCCAGUAAUAUCCCUUUAAUAGCUGUGGCUGUUAUUAAGUAAUAUCCCUUUAAUGUCUUACUGCUAUGUGUUGUUCCCAGAUUAAAAGCAAUGUUAUUUUGAUGCUGUGUUUGUCUAUCUUGUCAACUCUAAACUCACAAACGGAAUACUUGCUAAAUAAAUAAUGUGUAUUCUACACUGAACAUUCAAAAGA